AUGGUAACGUUCAUCCGCCCGAUCAUGGAGUAUGGAAUGUCAGCUUGGUUCACGUGUACGAAGGGCCAGGUGACCGAUAUCGAAUGUGUGCAAGGGCUGGGGUCAAGAAUGGGACCCGAAUUGAGUAGGCUGACAUAUCCGGAGCGCUGUCAACCACUGAACCUAUUUACCCUCAAAUGUCGACACACAAAAGGCGACCAAAUCAUGAUGAACAAAGUGAUGGUUCGCAGUGACAUCCCGGAGAUCGUACAGUACUUCAAACUGGCCGUCGAUAUGCCUACGCGCGGACAUUGCUUCAGGCUGGUUAUACAACGGACAGAUGGCCUCCCGCACAUCUAUCGACUCUCAAGGCAUGCCGUGAGUGCAUUUAACAAUCUCCCGCCCCACCCCUCCCCCUCCGAUGUUGCUGCUGCGGACACAAUUGCCGGUUGUCAGAAGAAAUACGACGCCUAA